UAGAGGAUCUAUCCCAAGUGAUAGAAGUUGCCUUCUGAUACUUUCAAUAUUUUAUGGAUACUAGUCUUCUUAACAUGUUGGCCCAUCUUUUAUCCUAUACACAACUGAUACACUUUUUUCCCCCUCAUAAACAUUUUUGACAUGAAAAAGGAAAUCCAGACCUAUGUGAGGAACUUGAUUAUGAGACUGGGUGGAUGGAGUGAAAGGACAUGUGGAACUGAAAAGGAAGGAAAUUCCCUUAGCAUUUGAAAGGUACAUGUAUACUCUAAAAUAGUAACUAUCUAUUCUCUCAAGGAAUGUUAAGGUGGACAACAUAGGUGAGGUGUAAGUUAGGAGAUAAUAAGAGUCAGAGGAAAACAAGAUGGCUAAAAGCUGCUGCUUCUAUCUUAGAAUCAAUACUGUGUAUUGGUUCUGAUGCAGAAGAGGGGUAAGGUCCAGACAAUAGGUAUUAUGUGACUUGCCCAGGGUCACACAGACGUGUCUGAGGUAACAUUUGAACCUAGGAUCUCCUGUCUUUAGGCUUGUCUCUCAAUCCACUGGGCCACCGAGCUGCCCCUAUUAGCUUCUUUUAUGAAGACAGUUAAUCUAAAAAAGAUUUGGUGGGUUUAGUGGACUACAAGUUUAAUAUGAGUUAAUAGGCAGCCAAGAAAGCUGAUCUAAUCUUAAACUGUAAUGAGAGGGAUAAUUAAGGUAGCAUCCAGGACUAGGGAAGUGGAUUGUCCUGUAAUUAAUUCUGCCCUUUUCAGAUUACAUCUGAAAUACUAUGUUGAGUUUUGGAAUUAAAUUGAUAAGCCACAAAGCAUCCAGAGGAGGGCAGGUAGGAUGGUGAAGGGCCUUGAGUUCUUGCCAUGUAAAGAUGAGUUAAAAAUAUUGAGGAUGAUUAAGAAGGAGAAGAGAAGACUUAAGGAGAGAAUGGCACAACUAUUAUAGUAUUUGAAAGGCUGGCAUAUGGAAAAUGGAUAGACCAGUUCUUUUUGGCCCCAGAGGACAGAACUAGGAACAAUGAGGUGGGCAUUACAAAUAGCCAGAUUUAUUCUUGAUGCUGGGAAAAACUUCUUAACCAUUAGAGAUAAUUAAAAAUGAAUGUACUGUAGUGUAUUCUCCCCUUUCUGAAGGUCUUUAAACAAAAUCUGGGUGAACACUUGUCAUCUGUAUUGUAGAAAGAUUUCUUGUUCAGAUCUGAUUUAGAUUAGAUGGAUUUGGCUUCUUGAAUAAAAAAUAAGCCACUGACAAUAAGAGGUCCUCAAAAAAAGAAGAAAAAUAUAGAAUUAAAACCAUACUGACUUGAAUUUUUCAGCUCUUUAAUAUAAUUCUCUGAGCAGCUUUUAACCUUUUAGAAAACUAUACUGGGACAGUACAGAAUCACAAAAUCACAGAAUUUGAGAGUUGUGAAGGAUCUCAGUGGCCAUUUAAUCCAUAUUAUAAGGAAUUCCCACUAUAAAUGAGAAAAUAUUUGUAAAGCCCAUAUUAUAGUGUCCAGAAUAGAGUAAGCAGAUACUUAAAUGCUUGUUUCUGGUUCUCCCCUGAAAAGGAAUCAUCCAACCUCUGUUUGAAGAAAUCCUUACCUCCAAAGUCAUUUCACUUCAUUUUUUGACAGCUUUAAUUAUUAUUGUUAUUGUUAUUUUUAAACCCUCACCUUCCAUCUUAGAAUCAAUACUGAGUAUUGGUUCCAAGGCAGAAGAGCAGUAAGGGCUAGCCAGUGGUGGUUAAUUGACUUGCCCAGGGAACUUGGUUCUCUUAAAUUAAAUGCCUACAAUGUACAAGAGAUAGUAAUAGGCUCUGGAGAUACAAGAAGACCCUUCUCUCAAGGAACUUGUAUUGCAGAGUUACAACAUAUACCUAAAUAGCAGGGAAGCAUUUAUCCUGCUUUUCUAAAGUAAGUCAACAAUAUUGCGAAGGUAUCCUCUUUCCACAAGGUUCCUUUUUCUCUGUCACCUCCCUUCUCAGGAGAUAACUUCAUCUGCUGAAAAAAUCAAAGGCUGUGCCGUUUUGGGCUUCUUCAUCUCCUCUAUUCCAAAUCUGAUCUGCCCUGCAUCUAAAAACAUAUUUUAUUGAUGCCUUAUUUAUACUUCACUGUCAUUUCUCAGUAAUCCCUUCCUUUGAAAUAAACACUUAAGAAGAACAAACCAAUGCAUGGACCAUGUCUGACAAUAUAUGUAAUUGUCUUUAUUCCUAGUCCCCUUUAUAUAUAUUGACCCUUGUAAAAAUGGAGAUUUGAACCCCAGACUUCAAUCCCCAGAAGUCCUUGGCAGUUCCCAGAAUUCCUUAUAAUCUCACCUGAAUCCCCACCUGGGCUAAGAACACAAUUUGUAUUUAAACUGACUGUACCGCCGACUUGGCCUCUCUGCUUCCGCUUCUAAGCACAUGCAUCUCACAAGAUGUAAAGUAAGUGGUUAUGAAUGGGCUAUUCUGCCCUAGACAUGUGCUUUUCUUAUUUUGUAUUUUCUUAUUUCCUUGAUUUCUAAUAAUCUUUAAUAAACCUCUAAAAAAUAAUACUUUUAGUAGAGAAACUAAAUUUAAAUGUUACAGUUUAAUUUAACUGUUAUACCCCUAUCUCCCCUCUUUUUUGCCAGGCUCUGAGGAAGAUGUCCUUUUAUUUAUUUGUCAAGUUCAGCCUUAUAUUUUUACUCUUCCAUCUUCUAGGAGCUUUCCUCACUGAUUGUUUCCUCUUUGUUCCUCAUCUUUAGUUCUUUCCCUUUCUAUUGGCUCCUUUCUUAUUGCCUAUAAACAUUCUUAAUUCUCUCUCAGAGUUUAGAUGCCUUUACUUCACCCUUCUAUCACCUCAAGUCCUAUAUCUCUCCUUCCUUUUACUGUCAGACUUUUUAGAAAGAGUGGUCUGAUUUUUAGCUCCACUUUUCUUACCACAUACUUCUCAAACUGUAUAUUUGGGUUUCUGAGCUCUGAUACUACUGAAACGUUUCUCUCCAAUGUUACCAGUGGUCUCUUAAAUGCUGUAUGCAGUAGUCUGUUAAGUCUUCAAUGAUGACCUUUUUGUAGGCUUUUACGUUUAACCUAAACCAUCCUCUCCUUCCAACUUAAUCAAUGUGGACAAUGCUUCAGCAAAGGAAAUUGAGAAGGAACAGACAACAGGAGAAUCCAGGACAGAGAAGUGUCACAGAAACCCAGAGAAGAGAGAGUGAUCAACAAUGUUAAAUCAGAAAGGCAUCAAGGAUUGAAGAAAAGACUAUUAGAUCUGACAAUUAAGCUAUCACUACCAACUUUAGAAAUAGUUUUAGAUGAAUGAAGUCAGAAGCUAGAUUUCAAGAAGUUGAGAAGUAAAUGAGAUUACAUAAAAUGGGGGCAAUGAAUGUAGAAAAUAUUUCUAGGAGCUCAGCUGUGAAAGGAAGAGGAGAUCCAUAUGGGGGACAUCUGGAUGCAUUUAGAAACAUGAAGCGGAGUGGAAGCAGGCACUGUUUGCACAGGAGAAGUAGGUUCAGCUCCCGGGAGAGAGACUGGCUAAAAGAGGAUGUGAAGAGGGGCUGUGUCUACCUCUAUGGAGCCGAAACAGCUGCUGCCACUGCUGCUGCCACCUCAUCCUCUUUGGAAUUACACCUUGUCCUUUGCACAGUAGACACAGCAGCAUCUGAGAUAUGUGCUGGAGAGGGAAAAGAAAGCCUUUAUCUACAGCUCCAUGGAGAUCUAGUCAGGAGGCUGGAUCCUACUGAAAGACCUCUUCAGAUGGUGUAUGAAUACUUAAGUAGCUUGGGCUUUGAGGAUCCUGUUCGUAUACAAGAGGAGGCAACAAACCCUGACCUCAGCUGUAUGAUUCGCUUUUAUGGUGAAAAACCAUGCCAUAUGGAUCAUCUAGACCGAAUCCUGCUGUCUGGCAUCUAUAAUGUCCGCAAGGGAAAGACCCAGCUUCAUAAGUGGGCUGAGCGCUUAGUUGUUCUCUGUGGGACUUGCCUUAUUGUGUCUUCAGUGAAAGACUGCCAGACUGGAAAGAUGCACAUUUUGCCCCUCGUUGGGGGAAAGGUAGAAGAACUGAAACGACGGCAACACAGUCUUGCCUUUAGCUCUGCAGGAGCCCAAGCUCCAACUUACCACGUCAGCUUCGAGUCAUUGGCAGAGUGCCAGAGGUGGCACCGCCAGGCCUCCAAGGUGGUGUCACAGCGGAUAAGUACAGUUGAUCUCUCGUGUUAUAGCCUUGAGGAGGUUCCUGAGCAUCUCUUCUAUAGUCAAGAUAUCACCUACCUCAACUUGCGGCAUAACUUUAUGCAAUUAGAAAGACCAGGAGGCCUUGAUUGUCUCUAUAGGUUUUCUCAGCUGAAGGGACUGAACUUGUCUCACAAUAAGCUCGGGUUAUUCCCCAUUUUACUUUGUGAGAUUUCUACUCUAACAGAACUGAACCUUUCUUGUAAUGGACUUCUUGAGCUGCCUGGUCAGAUUGGCAAUCUCCUUAAUCUUCAGACUCUCUGUCUUGAUGGCAACUUCCUCACUACUUUACCAGAAGAAUUGGGAAAUUUGCCACACCUUUCCACUCUUGGACUCUCCUUCAACAAUUUCAGCCAAAUUCCUGAGGCUUGUAUGAAGCUCUCAAUGUUAGAUAAACUGGCUAUGGCGGGAAACCAGCUAGAAGUCCUGAAUUUGGGGGUUUUGAAUGUGAUGAAGCAUAUCAAGCAUGUUGAUUUAAGGUUGAACAGUUUGAAGAGAACAGUUGUUGACAACAUGGAGGGGAACAAGCAUGUUAUUCACAUGGAUUUGCGUGAUAAUCAGUUGACUGACCUGGAUUUGAGUUCCCUGGGAAGCCUGCAGCAGCUUCACUGUGAACGGAAUCAACUGAGGGAUCUAACACUCAGUGGCUUCACCCUUCGGGCCCUCUGUGCCAACUCCAACAGGCUGACCACAGUGAAUGUUUAUCCAGUGCCCAGUCUGCUUACUUCCUUAGAACUCUCUAGGAAUCAAUUAGAAUAUAUUCCUGACUGGGUCUGUGAAUCAAAGAAGAUUGAAGUGUUGGACAUGAGCUAUAAUCUCCUAACAGAGAUUCCUAUUAGGAUUCUGAGUAGUCUGAGUCUUAGGAAGCUGAUGGUGGGACACAACCAGUUGCAAAGUCUUCCAGUCCUUCUAGAACACAUUCCCCUUGAGGUCUUGGAUCUACAGCAUAAUUUACUCUCCAGGUUGCCAGAUACCCUCUUCUCCAAGGCAUUAAAUCUCAGGUACCUGAAUGCCUCUGCAAACAGUCUAGAGUCUCUGCCAUCUGCUUGUACUGGGGAAGAGAGUCUUAGUAUGCUGCAACUCCUCUACCUGACCAAUAACCAGCUGACAGACCAGUGUAUCCCUGUCCUCGUGGGACACCCGCAUCUCCGCAUCCUGCAUCUUGCAAACAACCAGCUACAAACUUUCCCAGCCAGCAAAUUGAACAAGUUGGAACAUUUGGAGGAGCUGAACCUGAGUAGCAACAAACUAAAGACAAUUCCUACAACCAUUGCAAACUGUAAACAGCUGCAUACUCUUGUUGCACAUUCCAACAAUAUCAGCAUAUUUCCAGAGAUCCUGCAUUUGCCACAGAUCCAGUUUGUAGAUUUAAGCUGCAAUGACUUGACAGAAAUUCUGAUUCCUGAGGCUUUGCCUCCCACCCUACAGGACCUUGACCUCACUGGAAAUAUAAAUCUGGUUCUGGAACAUAAGACAUUGGACAUCUUCAGUCACAUCACCACCCUGAAAAUUGAUCAGAAACCCCUGCCAACGGCUGAUUCUGCAAAUGCAUCGACGUUCUGGAGCCACGGACUCGCUGAGAUGGCCGGUCAGAGGAAUAAACUCUGCGUUUCCUCUUUGGCUGUGGAUAACUUCACCGACGGUGUGGAAGCCGUGUACGGCAUGUUUGAUGGCGACCGCAAUGAGGAGCUCCCGCGCCUCCUCCAGUGCACCAUGGCAGACGUGCUUUUGGAAGAGGUGCAGCAGUCGCCCGUGGACACCAUUUUCAUGACUAACACGUUUCUGGUGUCGCACAGAAAAUUGGGAAUGGCUGGCCAGAAGCUGGGUUCCUCUGCUCUCCUCUGUUAUGUCCGACAUGAUGCUGCAGAAUCUACAAGUGGCUUCACCCUGACAGUGGCCAAUGUGGGCACAUGCCAAGCAGUCCUGUGCCGAAAUGGACAGCCCUUGCCCCUCUCCAGAGUCUUCAGCUUGGAACAAUGCCCAGAGGAGUUACAGCGGGUGAAAGAACAGAAAGCCAUCAUAACAGAGGACAACAAAGUGAAUGGAGUAACCUGCUGUACGCGGAUGUUGGGGUGUACAUACCUCUACCCUUGGAUCCUUCCAAAGCCCCAUAUAUAUUCCCUUCCACUUACAGUACAAGAUGAGCUGCUGAUCUUGGGAAACAAAGCGCUGUGGGAACGCCUGUCUUUCCCGGAAGCUGUCGCUGCUGUACGGCAUGUCCAUGAUCCAUUAGGAGCCGCCAAGAAGCUGUGCACUUUAGCACAAAGCUAUGGCUGUCAGGACAACGUUGGGGCAAUGGUGAUCUAUCUGAAUGUUGGGGAAGAUAGUUGUACUUGUGAGGCGAAUGGGCUCACCCUUCCAGGCCCUGGGGGAUUUGCCUCAGCCACUACCGUUAGAGAUGCUCCAAAGCCAACCACCCCUUCCUCCAGUAGCGGCAUUGCUUCAGAGUUCAGCAGUGAAAUGUCUACCUCGGAAGUGAGCAGCGAAGUGGGGUCCACAGCUUCUGAUGAGCACAAUUCCACAGGCCUGGAUGCCAGCCUGCUGCCAAGGCCAGAAAGACGCUGCAGCCUCCAUCCCAUGCCCACCUCGGGGAUAUUUCAGCGCCAGCCUUCUUGUGCCACUUUCUCGAGUAACCAGUCUGACAAUGGCCUGGACAGUGAUGAUGACCAGCCAGUUGAGGGGGUCAUAACAAAUGGCAGCAAGGUGGAGGUGGAAGUAGAUAUCCAUUGCUGUAAAGGAAAGGGUCUUGAGGCGUCUCCUCCUGCUCCUGAAGAGGCUUCUCUGCCUCUCGGUCCUGAGGAGGACUCCGGAGGAUUGUUCUUUAGAUUCCGGAGACAGAAUAGUGUGAACUGUGGGACACUCUUUCCAUUAAGCAGGGAGUUACAGAAAUCUCCAUCCACUUCUUGCCUCUAUGGGAAAAAACUCUCUAAUGGCUCUAUUGUGCCCCUGGAAGAUAGCUUAAACCUCAUUGAGGUGGCCACGGAAGCACCCAAGAAGAAAACGGGAUACUUCUGUGCCCCGACUCAGCUGGAGCCAGAGGAUCAGCUCAUUGUACCUCAUGACCUAGAAGAAGAAGUGAAGGAGCAGCUGAAGUCCCCCCAGGACACCCGGGGUGUUGCAGAGCCCUGUGAGGAGGCGCAGGGGGACCGUCCUGAAGAGUUUGACACUGCUCUGUAGCACUCAGGAAGGAGCUCCAGGGUCUGAGAAGGCUACAGACUCUUGGGGCCCGCGGUCCUUCUGGACAUGUUUGGCUCCGGUGUUGACCACCCACACUGUAGAUGGAUAGAAAGGGGGGUGUGCUUAGAGGUGGAAAAUGAGUGCAGCCAGGGUUUUAUUUAGAAUGAACCAGAAACCACCAUCCGUGUUGGAUUGAAAAUUUAACUGGCUUUGGAAUUCCCUGGAGAGGAAGAGAUGGUCUGCCUCAGUCCUACCACCUGCCAUUAACCCCUUCUCUCCUAGGUUAAUUUUGAGAAUUUGCCUGCCUGGGCAGGAAGGGAACUUGUUUGUGUGGAAAAAGUGACUGAAAAUUGAUUCUCUUCAUGAUCCCUCCUGGAGCAUCUCUGACCGAAAAGUCAUUUGUCCAGUGUCAGAGCUCAGCCUAAAUGAUGAGAUGGGAUGUAGUCAUGUGGCUUUUUUAUUCUUCUCUAAGAGAAUACAGCCUAUGGAAAUAAAACUCACCGAGAAUGCAGAGCCAAUCAAACAAUUGAUUUAUGUAUGUACUGUAAUGGAAGCACUUUUCAAUGACUGAAAUUUAUUUUUGAAUCUGCACUCGAGCCAAUCUUCUAAGAGGCGGUCCACUACCUUGUCCCUCUGGUUGGGGACAGCAAGGUGUUGGUGCCUCUCACAAGGGUCCCAAGAAGGGUUGUAGGGAACAGAAAUGGGAGAGAAUUCAGAGUUCUUGUGAAUUUAUAUAAAAAGGUAAGAAUGGGAAUGAGGAGAGGGACUGAAGAGUCCCCUGGUCCUGCUGAAGGAAUUGAGUUUAGAUCUCUUAACAAAAAGAAAGGGCUAGAAAUUUCCCUGCAGACAAGAAGGGAGUGAUCUGGAGACUGAUAUGAUUCCAUAAAAUGUGGUAGGGAGUUGGCAGUUUUCAUCUCCUACUAAGUAGGGCCAAGGGCUUUCUCCUAUCCAGGUGACCUUGAGCUAUACCGUGUUUGGGGGAAAUUUGAGAACAGAUGGAUGAACCUCACAUAUUAGACAUUCUUCUCUCCCUCUGGUGGAAGAUCAUUUUCCUGAAAACCAGAGGAACAGAUUUUAAAAUCUGUUUUUUAUAGGCCUUCAAAUCUUAAUGUUGCAGUGGUGAACUGUGUUACCCUUUAAAAAUCAGUCGUAUUGCACCCUAUAUGCUCUCAAUGAGUGUGGGACUCAUUCACUACUAUGUGACUCUUAUCUGAUUAGAAAUAUCUCCGUGUGAAUAGAAAACUCCAUUUUCUGUACUUUUUGCACAUCUCUUCUCAUUCCACAUGACCCUGUCAAAAUGCAUUUCCUUGCACAUGCUGUCCGUUUGCCUUUAUAAUUAGAAGACUUAUGUAGACAGGAAAGCUAAUUUUUAAAUUUUUCUUCCAAAACUUUGAUGUUGUCUCACCUAAUCAGCUUGGGAGUGUGGUUUGGAUUUGUCAAGUGUUUACACAGUCCGAGAAGAAAACAGGGUGGAACCAUUUUGGCAUUUGCUUUAUUUUAGGAACAUAAGGGUUGAACAUUGAUUGGCCAAAUAAUUUUUAAAAGCAACUUAAUUUAUACUUCGGGGGUCUUAUUGUUUGAAGCAAUAAUAGCAAACCAAUUUGGAUUAAUUCACUCAUAAAUCCAAUAUCAGUUGUCUGAGAGGUAUCACCUUUACACAUGAAUGUAUGCCACUUGUGCUUGCUUUUGAGGGGAUCCUGUUAACUGCUUAAUGACCAUCUAAAAUUUGAGUCUUGUUUUGUUAGGAAAAUUUUGGCUUAUCUGCCAAACUAUUUCUCUACUACCGAAGAAGUUGUCAUUCCAAGUCUGAUCUGAAUAAUAAUUCUUAGGAAGAGACUAUAGAGGCACAUUCUGGGUUUAAGGGUCACUAAAAAGACAGGAAUGAAUUAUUUUGUGGCAAUAGCAUUUUCUUUUUAGGGAAAUGGAAAAACAGAAUAGGGAAGAGGCUAAAAUGGUGAUGCCAAGCCUUAGCCUUCCAGCACUGCCAAAUAAUUUUAGAAGUGCAUCCUCUAAUCAAGAAUGCUGAUUUGUAGUUACCACAUUGAUAUCAUGGCUUCUCAGAAUUGUUCUUACUUUGUAUGCAGCCUUUUAAUUUCUUUCACUUUCCCCCAGCAUGCUUGUUUCCAUAACCACUAGUUUUGGUAUAACAUGGUAUAUUAGGCCUUUUUAAAAAUUAUUAUUGGUAAGCUCAUGAUUUGGAAGUUACAGGUGUUCCUGUAUCGAAGCUGAAAUUAUAUUUAGCAAAUUUUAUAUUAAAAAACUAAACCUAAAUUGGAGGCAUAAGGGAAAGGAUUCUCUUGUACAACUACUCUAGGAGAGACGAGUAAAAGACUUUUUCCUAAAAAGCUAAGCAGCCUCCUCUGUGCCAGAGUAGGCUUGUAGACCUGAUGCCCUAGAAAAUGAUGCUUAGGACUUCGAUUAUCUGAUCAGGCUAUCAUUGGUUCAUUAAAUCUAGCCCCCUACUUCCGGCAGUAUCUUCUCUCUUGUGCUUGAGCAACAAAAUCAACCCCAGGUUCUCCUUAUAGUGUCCUUUGUAAAACUGGGUACCUGCCAUCUCUGUGAAACAGGACAGAUUAAGUGGUUUUGUGAGCAUGAAGUUACCCAUUCUAGAGCCUUGAAGCAGCAGCAUGUGACAACCCUACCCCCCCCCCCCCCCCAUUGAAAAUGUGAAUCUUGGGAGCCCUGGUAUUUAGCCAAGCUGGGUUUGGGGAGCAUGUUCUUUUUUAGGCCGAGGAUUAAUAUGGCAAGCCACAGUGCUGUGCUAGUCAUCAUCGACUUACCACUCCAGACAAAUAAAGUGUUUAUUAUCCUACUGACAAGCAUACAUGUGCAAUAAGAUGACGUGUUCCCUGUGUGUAAAAGGUAGAGCAGGGAUGAGCAGCUUGAUUACUAUUGGGUACUAUGGUAAUAGUUUGUUUGCAGUUGCUGCUGUUUUCCAGGAGAUGGGAAUAGUAUUAGCCAAUCUACUGAGUGUUGAAUGAUUAUCUCAUUUUUACGUAAAACUUCCACAAAAUCAAUACUUUUAAGCCACUGACUUACCAUCUUUUUCUGUUCAAUAAGUAUCCAGCGGAAAACUUCCGUGAGGAAGCGAGUGACAAACAAUAACAGUGAUUCAGCUGCCUCCAUGCCAUUCAGUGAUUCCUGAAGCAGUCCAGACAGUGUAUGACAUCUCACAUUUCACCUCAUUCUGGCUGAAGCCAUUCAGUCGCCCAAACACGGAGGCAUCAUUUUAUUUUCAGUUAGUGACUACCCUAUAAUUGAGAACCGACUUCCUGGCUCAGGAAAAGAGCCUGUAUACAGUAAGUCUUGCUGUGAUCAUUCAACCCCACAUUGAUUUCUUGUGCUCUAGACUAUCUACCCCUCUCCUGGAUUUUGUAGGAUUUUCUCUCACUUUUGCCAAAGGAUGUCAUCCAGGCAGUGAGUCCACAUCUUACAGUUUUGUGCAAUCAUUGUCCUACUCUAGUCUUAAAACUCAUUAUAGUGUAUUUUUGAUAUUUUUGAAAUGUGUUAAAUUUUUUAAUUCAAUAACAUGAGCCAGAGCAUGUUUCAGCAAAUCUAUUGUUUGUAAUAAUAAUAAUAAUAAACAAAUAAAUAAAUAUGAUAUAUUUUGGUGCCUUUGUUUUAAA